AUGAGAUUUUUAGCUACUGCAGACGAAACUGGGGCCAUUAAGGAGGUUGUUUGUAAUAGAGGAACCGAUACUUCGAAAAAAGAUGCCACUCAACCAAUAUCUAUCAAAAAGAUAGCUGCUGGUGAAAACUUGAAUAUCAAAUCAAAAAUUUUAUUCAUGUCAGAAUUCAAUCAAGAACUCUUGGUAUCUGCCAGAGCUAAUGGCUGGAUUACUGUGAACGACUUGAUAAACGAAUCAGAAGAAGAAGAAGAACAAUACCUCUUACUACAUACUUACAAAUUAAACGUUGAACAAGGCGAUAAACCAGUUGGACUCAUAAAAUUAGAAGCUCAUCAAACUAUAUUAGUUGCAUUUGAAUCAAGAAAAUUAUUCGCAAUUCAUUUUAAUGAUAAAAAAUUCGAUAUCAAUCCUAUAGAGCUCGAAUUGGCCGGGGAUAAACCAAUACAAACAUUUGCUGCAAAUCCAUACCAAGAAGGAAUAUUUGCAUUUGGUGGGAAAGAAAAUGAUGUUAAAAUUGUAAAAUUAUUUGAAUCAAAGGAUGCAAACGAUGAUUCAUUUAAAUCAAAAUCAUUUUAUACCAAUGAAAUUGUUUUCGAAGCCGAAAAUGUUGAAAAUGAUUAUCUUGACUUAUGGGUUCCAGUAUGGAUAAGCAAAAUUUUAUUUUUCAAAGAUCAACCAGAAAAUGGAUUCAAGUUUGUCACUGCCACAAGACAUGGUCAAAUUCGUACUUAUAAUACUAGUGAAGAGCCCAGCCCCAUUGGUGAUUAUAAAAUUUGUGAUAAACCUCUUGUAUCUUUAAAUUUUACUUCCGAAGCUCAAGAUGAGGUCAUUGUCACUGAUACUCAUAACUACGUUGCUAAACUUUCAUUGAAAAAAAUUGAUCCAAAAGGUUUUAGAAUCAGUUCGGCCAGUGCUGGAGUUAUGUUUAGACCAACUACUAAACUCUUGGGUAAGUUUUCCGAAGGGGGUAACACCGGUGCUAUAUUUGCUGUUGAUACUGACUUGGAAGACAGAUUAAUCGCUUUUGGUGGUCUUGAUAGAUACUUAAGAGUUUUCGAUAUAGAUAGUAGAAAAUUAUUAGCUAAAGUUUAUUUAGGUACUCAAAUAACUGAUGUUCUUAUUUUAGAUUCAGAAGAAGAAUUAAUAGAAUCAGAAGGUGACAAGAAACCACAAGUCAUUUCAAGAAAGAGAAGACUUUUACAAAAGCAAGAGGAAGAAGAAGAAGAAAGUGAUGAAGAAGAUGUUUGGAAUCAAUUAGAAGAAAAUUCAAAAGCCAAUAAAAAGUCUAAAAAGACUAAAAAAAAUUAA